GUUCGCUCCUCCGUCCCGCGGACUACGAAUGCGGUAGGUAGGUAAGUUGAGAGUGCAGCGUCUAAUCAUUUAGCCUGACGAUUGCUCGCAAGCAUCAGAAAAAAACAAAAAGGAUCAUGUCUGUCACCUCUUCACUCGCAGCUUAACCUCUUCUUUACCGACUCGCAGAUUCUGCCCAGCUCGGUAGUUGGCUACACUUGUCUUCCUUGUGGCUGUCUCGCUGCUCACUCUCCAGAUUCCCACAAUGGGUGAUAUGGGCUCCUCUCGAAUCGAAAGAUUACAUACCAAUGACUUGGAAUUGGGUGCUACAGAAGCUGUUCAACAACACUUUGCCCGUCACGUCGUUGCUUCCAAGCCCGUCUCGCAGCGGAAACUCAACUUUGAACAUUCCAGACCGAGAUGGUUGAGAGAAUGCAUGGCUGAAGCAACUGGAGUGUUUUUUUAUGUCUUUGCGGGAAUUUCUGCUACGACGGUCUUUACUAUCAAUCAAGAAAAUGCCGCGCUUGGAAGUAUUUUCCAAAUUGGCGCCGCAUUCGCCCUCGGCAUCGCCUUCGCCAUAAUAACCUGCGCCUCGACAUCCGGCGGCCACUUCAACCCGGCAAUAACCAUCUGUUUCGCAAUCUGGCAAGGUUUCCCCUGGCGCAAAGUUCCCCACUACAUUUUCAGUCAAAUCCUCGGAGCAUUCAUAGCAGGUAUACUCAUGAUGGGCAUGUAUCACCAACAACUCUCCGAAUUCGAAACUUCGUUAAGGGAAGCGGGACAUGUGGGAUCGAUGGUGUUUAAUGGUGGACCAGCGAGUGUAUUGUGUUCGAUACCGAAUGGGAAUCAGACGAAUUUGGGAUAUUUGUUUUUUAUAGAGUUUUUUGUGGAUGCUUAUAUUGGCAUAAUAAUCUGGGCAGUCCUCGACCCCGCGAACCCCUUCGUCUCCGCCUCCUCAGCGCCCUUCGCAAUCGGCCUCGGCUACGCAACAAUGAUAUGGGGCUGGGCACCGGCCACAAUCUCGACAAACCUAGCACGCGAUUUAGGCACAAGAAUCGUGGCAGCAAUAUUCUACGGCGGGGAAGUUUUUUCUUUUCAUAAUUACUCGUGGAUUGCGAUUUUGGUGAAUAUUCCUGCGACAAUUUUCGCGACGGCGUAUUAUGAGUUUUUGAUGAGGGAUAGUUUGCGGAAGAUUGGGAAAGGGGCGGCGUUGCAUGAGCAUGGGGAGGAAGGGUUGGCUUUGCAUUUGACCAAGACGGAGAUUGCUACCGAGAGGGGGAUGAUGAAUGCUGCUGCUGCGGCGGCUGCUGCUUCUGCGGCGGAGGAGGGAGCGGAAGAGAAGAUGCGAUAGGGGGUGUCAGUUUUCUAAACUGCUGCUAGCUAUCGCACCAUUAUGCAAAUUAUACAAUGAAAGAAAGGGAAUCGUUCCUUCCGGCUACGGCAAUGGCGCAGUCCACCGAGCACUGCACAUCCAUCCACUUCAAAAGUGAGUGUGAAGCCCCUCCCUAGUACGGCGAAUUGACAAUCUCAUUUCUACUGAGAUAGCUCCCUCUUCCCUUGGCUCGUUUGGGCGUGGCCAUGAUACUCUCUCGCGUGGGUCUCUGUAGUGCCGCCCUCCGCACCAUGUCGACCUCGUUGGGGAGAGCGACGACAAUAUUCUUGUCGCUGCCAAACCGGAAAUUGUCGGCCUUGACCUCCUCUGCGUAUCGCUUGAUGUGGUAAGGAUCUUUCCGGCCCGCAAGCACCUUCUUCAGUGACCACGUGACGAUGAAAGGACCCGUGGCCGUGAUGAUCGUGGUCUCGUCUUUGCCUUCACCCGUAUUGAACCGGGCGGGCGUGAAAGCCAUGCCGGUGCCAGUCUCGUGCUGGAACUGCGCAAUGUGUUGAGGUGUCAAACCAAGGCGUCUGGGCAGUGGCUUGUGAUCCUUGGAGAAAGGCUUCUCGAAGCCGAGUUUGCCUGCGUAUUUACUCCCUUCCUUCUGCUCCGCGUCGAUGAGAAGCAAAUAUGUGCGAGUCGUGGCCAGCACCCAUCUACCAUCCGCACUGACAUCAAGACCGAUGAUGGGGUCGCCCAGUGCCGGGAGUGCAGUCUUCGCGUUGAUGCCGAGUCGGUCAAACAUGCGAAUGUCACCCUUGUUCGACGCGACGGCAAUGUAGCCCUGCUCAGUGGUUGCAGCCGCAGAGAAAUCAUUCUUGCUGACAUACUGCUUGAGCUCAGAGUCGACAAGCUUGUUGCCGCUCAAUCGAGGAUCUACACGAUAGAGUGCGUUCUUGGAGAGACCCAGGAAAGUCUGUUCGCCCGUAGUCUGCGCGAACUUGUUCUCCGGCGCGAAGAUGUUGAUCGGGAUAUCGUCGUGCACCUUCCACUCAUCCACCACCUUGCCGACCUCCAGGUCCAUGCGGUAAACGCUGUUGGGGUCGUCCGGGUUCUGCAACACCAUGUUACGAUCUUGUGCGUGGAGCAUGACCUUUGAUGGCGCGAACUUCUUGCCCUUGAGGUUGGCGACGUUAUUGAUACUGGUGUUGAAUUCGAGCUUGUUGUCUUCAGUAUGCUUGAAGACGCCAAUCUUGUUGCCUCGCACCACAAAGGAGCGGUCCACGUUUGCGCCCACAGCAAGCUGACUGUUGACAUUGCCGUCAGCGUCGAGGUUGACCGGAUCGUCCUCGUCCUCAUCCGAAUCAUAGUCGGGUUCUGAGUGGCGAUCUUGAGCGUCUUCAAAUUCAUCUUCAUCUUCUUCCUCCUCCUCGUCUUCCUCGGCAGCUUCACGCUCUCGUGCAUCGUCAGCGGCAUCUUCAAUGACGAGGUCAUUAAAAGCGUCCAAAACAUAGUCUCGCUCGGCGUCUUUGACCGCUUUGGCCCAUUUGGCCUGGUUGAGAUGUUCCCACAGUGCUUGCAUCAAGCCCUCCUGAAACCUCUCUUCCGUCUCGCGAUCUUUGAACUUGAGCAACCACGAGUAUGCAGAGCCAUCUUCGGUGUAGUGAUUGAAGAUGAAGCUAAGAUACUCAAAGUUGAAGACCGGGUUGAUGUCUGGUGUGACUUGUUGUCCCAACCACUGCUGCUUCUCGCCCGAAAUCUGCAGCCAGUAUGUCCAAUUGCCCGUUUCUGUCACUAUGACUUGCACAUUUUCGUCUUGUAAGAUGAAGGUGCCCGAGGUGAAGUCGAACAGAUGCAGCUCGGCGUCCUCAUCGGCGAGCGUCUCGGUCGCAGUGGGUACAGAUCGUGGCGCGGGCGCCUUCGUCGGCGUCUGCUGUGCGACGUGUGCAGGCACGACCGCCUUCUUAGUUGAAUCGCGCACCAUGAUCGCUUUCGGCGUCGCCUUGCUCGGUGUGGCGUAUUGUGGCUCUGUAAGGCGCUGUGCGUUGGGUGAUAAAACCUUUUGUUGAUUCGGUGCGGGGCUUGUCGACGGACUGGCGGUGGGGAUCUCAGGCUCGUCGUCGAAAGAGAAUUCGUCUAGGUCGCCUUCGGUGGCGUACUGAUGACUGCGACGGUACUUUCGCUCGAACUGACACUGCGCUGCAACGAGCUCAAAGGUAGUUGCCGACUCGGGCCUCGUGCUCUCGUCGCAAACAAAUUCGAAGAGAUCUCCCGAGUCGCCCGACAGAUCUCGCCACGCAACAACGACAGCACCGUUCUCCUUGAGAUCGACGCGCAGGUGCAGGCUCUCGUCGAGAAGGAAGAUCUUCUCGUCCUUGUCCUCGAGCGUCGCAACCGCGCCGUCCUGUCCGCCUUCGUCUUCGAGCAGUUCCUCCUCGCCUUCCUCGUACGCGCGCUGAAUCACCAGCUGGUAGUGGAACUCUUGGCCGGUGCGGCGGAUGUAGGCGGCGGCGUCUCUGAAGAUGAGCUCCGAGUAUCCCUUGGGCGAGCGUGGACGAACAAUGUAGAGCUGUCCCUGGGGAAUGUCGGCCACGUUCUCUUUGUCGCCUUUUCCAAACAGGUAUCCGGUCAGGGACUUAAUGGCGAACAUGUCGUCGUGUCGUGGAGCGGGGGGGCGGUGGUGUUGGCAGCAUGUCGGAGGUGUC